AUGCCUCGCCUUAACGCAAUCAUCCUCCUCCUCUUCUCUCUCGCAUACCCAAUCACCGCGCAAUUCGGCUUCUUCGACCAAAUGUUCGGCGGGGGAAACCACCACGGCGGUCACAACCACGGCGGCGGCCACAAUCACGGUGAAGCACAAAACGUGCGGAGCGAUAGUAGUUGGUAUCAGGCGCAGUAUGAAGGCGCGCAAUGCUCACACUACCUCUGCCCCGGUACACUGUCCUGCGUCCACUUCCCGCAUCACUGCCCUUGCGCGUGGGAAAAUGUAGAAGAUAAGGUUGAGCUUGGGGAUGGAAUUGCGAUUUGUGGGUCCAAGGGGGGAUGGAAGGAGGGCGAGUUUGCGAAGAAGGUGGAGUUGGCGAGGAAGGGGUUGCUUUGA